CGCGAUCCCGUGCCAUCUCAAAGCGCGCAAUACACCAACGCGCCCACCCGCGGGAGAUGCCUUCCAGCGGCCCAGAAAUGACACUAUGGAUAACCACGUUGCGGCUGCAAUAGCGCAGGCAGCAAACAGCGACUAUGGCUCUGACGUCUCCCUCGCAGCCCUAAGCGACUACGGCUCGGACAUCGACUUGAGUGACAUACAGGAAGAUACAGCCUUGGGCAGCCUCCUCGUCAAACUCACCGCCUCCGCACCAGACGAAAUCGCAUAUCCUACAAUUGAGGGCGACGCUCAGGAUGUUGUCGUGGCCACGCACACGCGGCACCAGUCACUGGUGCACCGGGAAGAGCGCGCCGUCCAGAGUUCACCUGUCGUGGCAAGUGGCUUGUCGAUGGAAUUCGAGUACGAUGCCCCUUCGCGGCGGACGUUCAGCGUUCCUAGAGUGUCGCCACGCUCACAGAUGCAACCCACCCCUGAGCUCAGCCUGUCUGCCGAUCAAUCGCGAACACCUCUCGAGCGUUUUCGUACGAAGCCUAAGAAGCCGUUAUCUGUGACGGAUCUCGUCUCGCCGGCAUGGUGCGAACUGCAGUACUCAUACACCCUCUCCAAGUUCGGACGGAAGCCGCGCACCGAGGCCAUGAGAACGGGCUCGAAGAUACACCAAGAUCUGGAAGAUGAAGUCCACAUCACCGUACCAGUCGAGACUGUGAGCAAGGAGGAUCGAUUCGGUCUGAAGAUCUGGAACGCAAUCCAGGGACUACGUUGUCUGCGAGAAACAGGGCUCACAAGGGAGCUUGAGAUCUGGGGUGUAGUUGAGGGUCAGGUGGUCAACGGUGUGAUCGAUGAGCUCAGCUUUACUCGUCCAGAUCCUGACACAGAGAGAAAUCUGGUCGAGCUGUCUAAUGCGAAGCAGAGCAGUGGCACACUUCCUCAGGGUCAACCUAGCAUUGAACAAGCCUUCAGCAACGCUGGUGGCGGCAAGCUGGAUCCACCAGGCGUCUCCAUGAGUGCUUGGCGAGGUGCUAAGGGGAAGGACAGACAGGUAUACAUCGCCGAUGUGAAGACACGUGGUGCACGAUCAUUGCCUAAAGGUGCUUCACUGCGUCCCACUUGGAUGCAGUUGAUGCUGUACCGUAAGCUUCUCGAAUCGCUCUCACUGAACACGGUCGACGCAGAAACCAUAUUUUCCCGGUACGGUCUCGCACCACUGGAGUCCUUCUCGGAGGCUUUCACACUUAGCGGCGGUGUCCUUGACAGCACUGGCCCAGACAUCGAUCCAGAGAAUCCCUACAGCGUCCUCCAAGCUAAUGCACUACAAUCACACCCGAAUCUUUCGUCCUUGUGGUCACUUAUGAUAAGCGAGUAUCAAUACAUCAUGCCCGCCAUCAGCGACAUCUUGCGUGCAGAAUUUCGAUCCGCGACGACAGGAGAGGUUAUCGGUAAUGAGCUCAUUAAAUACAGUGCAGACACUAUUGAUGCGUAUGUCAAGAGCGAGAUGGAUUGGUGGAAAGGCGAUAGAGAAGCUAAAGGGGUCGAGAUCGAGGAAGCCUUCAAAUGUCGAACGUGCGAUUUUGCAGAGGAAUGCACGUGGCGUAAGACCAAGAUCGAAGAGGCGACAGAAAAGAGCAGGCUAAGGAAGGGAGCGAGGAUGAAGAGCGCCGGGUGA